CUGCCCACCGUGGCCAUGGCUCCUGGAGUGCCUGCGAGGAGGAGUCGCCAGAGCCGGCUCUCCCCGGACGCCCCCACUGUGGGCAUGCUUGCGCAGCCACACCAGCGCGCUGGACGCCCCGGCCCGGGUGUCCGGGUGUCGAGGCGCGGACCGCCCAGCCUGGAAUCCGACUCGGCCGUUGCUAUGGAAACCGAGCAACAAAGGGAAGCGGGCCGCGCGGCGCGGCGGGGUUGGGGGUGGGGUCUCACCGGCGCCAGGGCCCCCUCCCCGCGACGGAGCGCGGCCCGGUCGCCGAGGGCCGGCCGGGGGCCCCAGGCCCGCUUGCUAGAUUCGGGAGCCAGGAUCAAGGCCUGCGCCCCCGGCCCAGGACCUCGGGACGGACCCGGCCGGCAGCCCCGACGUUGCCAUGGAAACACCCGGGGCCGGCGCCUGCAGACGCCCCCUCGGACGCCAGGGACGCGGGGUGCCAGGAAGGGCCCGGCGCCCUCGCUCCUGCCGCGGCAGGUGCGCCCCCAGCCUCGCGGGGCGCCCCCGGCAGGCGGCGGGCUGCUGAGGCCCCGCCCCGGCCGCCGAGCCAAUGGACGGCUGGCGGCGGGGCGGGCGGAGGCGCGGGCGCGGCCGCAGGCGGCGGCGCGGAGACGGCGCGGGCGGAGGGCGCGGGCCGACUGGGCGCACCGACAAUGGCUUCCAAGUGCCCCAAGUGCGACAAGACCGUGUACUUCGGGGCUCGUGCUGCAGGGGUGGUGCGGGAGAGCAGAGGGAGCCGGCCCCGACGUGCCCCCGCCCGCAGCUGAGAAGGUGAGCUCCCUGGGCAAGGACUGGCACAAGUUCUGUCUCAAGUGCGAGCGCUGCAACAAGACGCUGACGCCAGGCGGCCACGCCGAGCACGACGGGAAGCCCUUCUGCCACAAGCCCUGCUACGCCACGUUGUUCGGGCCCAAAGGCGUGAACAUCGGCGGUGCCGGCUCCUACAUCUACGAGAAGCCCCCGGCCGAGGGGCCUGCAGUCACCGGCCCCAUCGAGGUCCCCGCCGCUCGACCUGAAGAGCGGAAGGCGAGUGGCCCCCCCAAGGGGCCCAGCAAAGCCUCCAGCGUCACCACCUUCACCGGGGAGCCCAACGUGUGCCCUCGCUGCAACAAGCGAGUGUAUUUCGCCGAGAAGGUGACGUCGCUGGGCAAGGAUUGGCACCGGCCAUGCCUGCGCUGCGAGCGCUGUGGGAAGACGCUGACGCCGGGCGGGCACGCGGAGCACGAUGGCCAGCCCUACUGCCACAAGCCCUGCUAUGGAAUACUCUUCGGACCCAAGGGAGUGAACACCGGAGCAGUGGGCAGCUACAUCUACGACGCCCCUGAAGGUCAAGUGCAGCCCUAGGCACCAGCCAGCCUCAGGAGCAGGGCCCCUCGGCCUCGAUCCCUGCUGGGCCCUGCCUGGCCCAGCGUCCGCCUGCCAGCUGGUGGGCGCUGGAGCAGGAGGGAGCCACCCCCUGCCUGCCCUUGUCCCCGUGGGUCCCCGGAGGCUCUCUCUCUCCUGCCACCUCCUCCCAUGUUAUUUAUGCCCCCCCAUGCUUCACAGCACCCCUCACAAGCACCCCCCACCCUCACGUGGGCCACACCCAGCCGUGCAGACCUGUGCUGUCAAUAAAGUGUGGGAGGACAGCA